AUGAGCUGUCGGCUGAGCUAUUCCUCCACGAGAACCAAAAAGCGUAAAUUACUAUUUAUUAAGCAUUUAGCACUGCCAAGAGAUGCCUACUCAACGUGGCCACCAUCUCCGCCAAUUCUGAGGACUAUCCCAAAGCCAUCGAAAUCUACGAAAAGGUCAGUCACCUAUUUCGACUCGCAGUAUGCCCGAGAAACGGCGAAUGAUGCCCUACUGAAAUACGGUGCCCCGGAAUACGCAUUCAAAGCAUGUUUGUGCCACCUGUGUUUUGGGGAUAUCACCAACGCCCGCAUUGCCUGCGACCGACUGGCCCUCGAUGUGCCUGCCUUCUGUGAUACGCGGGAUUAUACUCUCCUCUGUGCUCUUAUGGAGGCCGUGGAUCAGGAGGACGAAGAGGGGUUCGCGGAUGCCAUCGCAGAAUACGACAAAAUCAAAAGAGUUGAUCCCUGGACUACUCGACUUAUUUCCAAAUUCAAGUCCUCUGCCUUCCAAGUCGACUUGAGAUAA